AGGCUGAGCAGCGGCCAUGCCCAAGGCACCAAAUCCUCUGCUCCGGCGCAAGUCUUCGUCCCCCUUCACGACAGCGCAGCGCACGAAGCCUGGACUGCGUCGCGGCAGUACUCUUACCGAAAAGGAGCUCGAACACAACCGUCUCGAAGAUAUCGGCAUUAUACCGCGUCUGGCCACGACUUCGAAGCAAGACGUGGUCUCUAUGAUCCAACACAUCCUCGAUCACGCUUUUGAGCCAAUUCCCGAAAGAGCUGCAGGUCUGAACAGCAAGCAGAUUGCUGAGACUCUUCAGUUUCGUGCCCGCCUCCCACCAGUCGUCAGCAUUGCACAUCUUCAUGCUUUGAGUGCAUCUCCCACAGAAACAGAACGCGAGCUCGCUAGACUGGUAGCCGAGGGAAAGGUGCGAAAGGUUACAAUACCCGGUCGAGGAAAAGGCGGGACGGCGAUCGGGGAAGGUGUCGUGUUGGUCGAACACUGGAAAGCUCGCAUAUUGCAAGAGGAUGUUACAUUAGAUGAUGAGCUCAAGCAGAAAUACAUCUCCUUGAUGCUCUCGAACUCCACUGCUCAAACCGUUUCUGUUACCAAACUUGCCAAAAGUGAGAUUCGGAAUCUGGUUGAAGCUGGCUUUCUCACAAACCCGUCCGCUCUCUCUUCAGUAUCAGGAACCUCCUUUACGUCUCCCUCACUCGGCUCCUCCAUUGCAACAGCAGGCCAUACAGCUGUAACGGGGACGUACGCUGCUGUGGGCGGGUAUGGAGCCAUUCACGAUUCUGGGGGUGGAGGCAGUACACUCGCCACUCAACACGAUCGGAUCCAUAACAAUACCAGUCGCAAAGUGGAUACCAUGACUUUCAGUCUUCCCGGCACUGGACCUUAUUUGAAGUUAUUAACAGAAACUCGACAGCACCUGUUGUUUCUGCUCAAGCAACUCAGUCCGAGGUUUCGUGAGGCCACGAAGGAUUUGUUGGAGGAAAAGUGGAAUGGGAAUGUGCUAGGUGAUGCCUUGUCAAGGGCAAAGAGGAUGAGAGGGGAGUGGAGUGGAGUUCUACCAGGACAGACGAGGAGAUGGAGGACGUUCUAUGGGUUGGAGUUUGAAUGGGUCCUGGCCGAGUGUCUGGGGAGCGGAUUGAUCGAGUUAUUCGAUACGGGAAGUGUGGGUAUUGGGGUGAGAGCAAUAUGAAAUGAGUCAAACUCACUCGCUCACAAUCGGCUGGUCGUGACAAGUGCCAUGAUCGCUUCUCGCCAAAUUGACCAAAACGAGCAGUAUAAGCAUCCCUCAUCUCAGAGCGGCAGCGUGCAGACCGAUUUCCAAGCUUCAAGAUGAUCUCUCCUGACUCUGCACUUCUCUUCACGAUGAGCGUGUGUGUCGGAAGACGUCGGAGGUGUGGCGAGAAGCAGCCGUCCUCUUCGCGCCCGAUCUCUCUCUCUCGCGCGCGCGCCUACACAACAAGCUAUGGAUUGCUUUCAGCAUUCCAGCAGCAAACCUGACCAAACGGUUUGUUUGGGUAGCGCAGAUUCAUAUAAGUAUAAGCACUACUCAAGCAACUCACAGUACCCAUUUUUUUGCUCACAGUACACAGCUAGACAG